GGCUCACUCUCCUUUCUGCUCGCAGGCUGCUCAGAGUCCGUGUGGAGUACGUGGAAACCAAUAGGAUGAGGGUUCCGUAAUAGAUGCAAAUGAUCCAGAAAAGACACUGCGAAAUAUGAACAAACUCAUUUGCUCCGAAGUAAAUCACGGAAAACUGUUUAUGAACUGGCACCUCUCCUUGGAAAUGUAAAGCGAGCGACUCUUUUUCUUUUUCUUUUCUUUUUUUGUUGUUGUUGUUUUGUUUAAGUGCCGAUUUUUUUUUCAAAAGGGGGGGUUGAAGGAGGAGGAGGGGGUGAAGAAGAAAAAGGAGAAGAGAGAGACAGGCAGGCAGAGAGGGAGAGACAGAGAGAAAAGAGAGAAAGGAAUAAUAAUAACAACAACAACAAUCACAACAACAACAAUAAAAAAAACCGAGGAAUCCGAGACUAUGUCCUGUGGCAAAGAGUUUUGACUCAGUCCUCUGGAUUUUUUAAAAAAUCUAUCUCUAUCUUUAUAUAUUGCUGGAAACCACCAAGACUCCUGGGUUAGCUUCUCAUCGCUUUCAUCUUGAUUUUGUGGCUAAUUUCCAGAGGUUUUGGAGAGAUCUACUUUACCUUCAAGCUGACUCUUUAGACUGAAAAUUUCCCACUUUCCUGGAUUUGGAGAGAUCUCUCUUACCUUCAAGCUCUGACUCUCUCUACUAAGUCUCUCUCUUUCCUGUGGAUUUGGAGACAUCUCCCUUACCUUCAAAGCUCUGACUCUCUCUACUAAAAGUCUCUCUCUUUCCUAUGGAUUUGGAGACAUCUCCCUUACCUUCAAGCUCUGACUCUCCCUACUGAAAGUCUCUCUCUUUCCUAUGGAUUUGGAGACAUCUCCUUUACCUUCAAAGCUUUGACUCUCUACUGAAAGUCUCUUUUUCCUGUGGAUUUGGAGACAUCUCCCUUAUCUUCAAGCUCUGACCCUCUCUAUUGAAAGACUCUCUCUAUUCCGGUGGGUUUGGAGAGAUCUACUUUAUCUUCAAGCUGACUCUCUUUCCAGUGGGUUUGGAGAGAUCUCCCUUACCUUCAGACUCUGACUCCUUCUCUCUCUCUCUCUCUUUCUGGUGGGUUUGGAGGGAUCUGCCCUACCUUCCAGCCCUGACCCUAUCUAAGGCUCUCCCUCCCUCUCUCUUUCUCUCUCCAUCGCUCCUUCUCCCGGCUCUUUCUAUGACCAUGAGCUCCUACUUCGUCAACUCCCUCUUCUCCAAGUACAAAGCCGGCGACUCCUUGCGCCCCAACUUCUACGACUGCGGCUUCGCCCAGGAGCUGGGGGGCAGACCCACGGUGGUGUACGGGCCCAGCGCCGGGGGCAGCUUCCAGCACCCCACGCAGAUCCAGGACUUCUACCACGGCGCCGCCUCCUCGCUCUCGGGCGCCUCGUACCAGCAGAACCCCUGCGCCGUCGCCUGCCACGGAGACCCGGGCAACUUCUACGGCUACGACCCUUUGCAGAGGCAGAGCCUCUUCGGCGCCCAGGACGCCGACCUGGUCCAGUACCCGGACUGCAAGCUCGCCUCCAGCGGCGCCCUGAGCGAGGACGCCGACAACGCCGAGCAGAGCCCCUCGCCCACGCAGCUCUUCCCCUGGAUGAGACCCCAAGCAGCCGCCGGACGGAGGAGAGGCAGGCAGACCUACAGCCGCUACCAGACCCUGGAGCUGGAGAAGGAGUUCCUCUUCAACCCGUACCUGACCCGCAAGCGGAGGAUCGAGGUCUCGCACGCGCUGGGACUGACCGAAAGGCAAGUCAAAAUCUGGUUUCAGAACAGGCGGAUGAAGUGGAAAAAGGAGAACAACAAAGAUAAGUUCCCGAGCAGCAAAUGCGAACAGGAAGAGCUGGAGAAACAGAAAAUGGAAAGGGCGCAGGAGGUGGAAGAGGGCGGAGAAGCACAGCCCGGGGACAAGAAGUAGGAGCUGGACGGAUGGACAGGCAAGCCGCCCCCUCCUCCCAGCAAGCCUGCUGGCCACUUGGCCGGAGAGGUGGUCCGUGGCUGGGACUGAGGAGGGGGCAACGACCCUCCUAAGGGCCUGGGGGAAGCUUCCCCUUCUUCAUUGCUGUAAAACAAUAUAGCUGUGAGCGUCUUCUUCUCCUGGUUGUCCUUUGAUACAUACGAUGAACUAUAUCUAUAUUUAAAACGGGGGGAGGGAGGCAGGGGGGUCAGAGAAAGGGAGGGGGGAAAGAAGAGAGAUCCUAGGGUCUUUUUAGCCUUGUUAUUAUUUUUUUGUUUUCUCGCCAGUAUAAAAAAAUAAAAAUAAAAAUUAGUACUAGUGUAAUGCAAUAGCUUCUGUUAACCAUGACUGUGAACAUUCUCCCUCUCUCCACCUCUUCCCCCUCCCUUCUCUUUUCAUCCUUCACACUCCCCUCCCUCUUUUAUCUGGGAUGUGGGGCAGGCUCUCAGUGCUGCAGGAAUUAUGUCAAAAUAAUAUCCUGCAGUUUGGAAGGCUUCCCUUCUGCUAUCUUUCUCUUCUCCCCCCCCCCCUUUUCUUUCUCAUAUAAAUAUAUAUAGAAAAGAUGUGAAAAUGAUACCUAGUGCACUUUUGAAACCCAUCGCCCCCUCCUCAUGUUUACUUCCCCUUCUCUUCCCUUGUUGUGGUUAAACUCUUCUGGAGGUAGCUCUGAAAAAACAAACAAAAAAACACACCUGACAACAUGAAACUGCCUAUUUAUGCUGUAGUUGUCUCCACUUUUGUUUUGUUGUUGCUGUUGUUGAGUUCGUUCCCAACUUUCGGGGUCUCGUUUUGCUUUUUCUUAAUGCGUUUGUCUUUCUGUGUGUAUCUCUAUCUUUCAAAGGCAAGGGGGGUGAUUUUAAAAGGGGUUCCCCCUCCCUCCUUCCCUCUCUCUUUUUCUCUACUUUAGGUUAGCAUGCGCACAGUGGAAGAAGUUGUAAAAAGUGUUUCUUUCUUUCUUUCAACUCCCCCCCUUCCCCGCCCCCUGGGUUUUUGGGUUCUUUUUCCCCUUUAGGUUUACUGUGAAAAAUGAUAAUAAUAAUAAUAAAAGAGAAUGUAUACUGUAUACGUGAAUUACUUUAUGGGGCGGGCGGGGAAACUAACGCUAUAUUUUGUUGUUCUUUCUUCACUUUGUUCUAUUGUGGGAGCUUGGGAGCAGCGGAAAAAAGGAGUUACAAUAAAGUUUACAAGCCACAA